UGUGUUGUGACUUGUGAGUGUCCUUCUUUCCCCCUUGUUUUAAUAACUCUCCAUCACACACUCUCUGUAUUUACCACAGAGCAUACUGCACAGAUUAUAUUUGUGUCAGUCAAAAAAAAAAAAAAAAAAACACAUAGCAAUUUCUCAUCAUAAAUGCCUCUCAGAAGAAAAUCGUGAACUUAACUGUUCCAUUAUAAAUCAAAUCUUUUGCUGUUAAUUCAUCAGUGAUGGAGUUCAGUAAAAUAUCGCUAGAAAUCUUCUCAAAAUUGGAGCAAAAAUGGCUGUAUCACUACGAAGGAAAGAAAACUCGUAUUCUUAGCAUUGAUGGUGGUGGUACUACUGGCAUUGUUGCUGGUACUUCAUUAAUCCAUUUAGAAAACCAGAUCUGUGCUAAAACUGGUGAUCCUCACGUUAGAAUAUCUGAUUUCUUCGACAUUAUUGUCGGUACUGGAAUCGGUGCUAUCUACGCUACAAUGCUUGUUGUUAACGGAAGUGACGGACGUCCGUUAUUCACUGCUAAAGAUGCCGUUAAGUUCGUAACGGAAAAUCAAACACGGCUGUUUCAGUUGAAAAAUGUCGGUGUUUUCCGAAGAAAAAAGAGGUUUUCAGGUAAGAGUAUGGAUAAGGUGUUGAAAGAAGCUUUUAGAAGAGAUGACGGGAAAGUAUUAACGUUAAGGGACACGUGUAAGCCUUUACUUGUUCCAUGUUUUGACUUAAACAGUUGUGCGCCUUUUGUUUUCUCAAGAGCUGAUGCUAUCGAAUCCUUAAGUUUCGAUUUUGAUCUAUGGAAAGUAUGUCAUGCCACGUCAGCUAAUCCGUCAAUGUUUAAGCCGUUUAAACUUAACUCCGUUGACGGAAAAACAUCGUGUCUUGCUGUUGACGGUGGUCUUGUAAUGAAUAACCCUGCUGCUGCUGCUGUUACUCAUGUUUUGCAUAAUAAACGGGAUUUUCCUUCCGUUACAGGUGUCGAUGAUCUAUUGGUUCUCUCUAUAGGUAACGGUCCGUUAAGUUCACCGACAAAGAUGAAACUGAGAAAUGAUGGUUACUGCUCUCCCUCUUCUGUUGUUGGAAUUGUGUUUGACGGCGUUUCUGAAACCGUUGACCAAAUGCUUGGUAAUGCUUUCUGCUGGAAUCCUAAUGACUACGUUAGAGUUCAGGCAACCGGCUAUGCAAGUGGAGGAGUGGGAGCAGGAAUUGCGGAGUCGUUGGAAGAAAGAGGAGUGGAGUCAUUGCCAUUUGGCGGUAAGCGGUUACUAACGGAGACUAACGGACAAAGAAUUGGCGGUUUGGUGCAACGCCUUGUUGCUACUGGAAGAACUAGUGUGCCACCAAGUCCAUGCAAGGAAACUGCCGUUAGUCCUCUUAGAAACGGACGUUAAAGUCAAUUCUCAUUUUACUUACUGUCCAUUUUGUAAUACUUUUUGUCAGUUUAAGCCUUUAACUGUGAUGAUCAAUGCUGGAGUUAAAUACUACUAGGCUGUUUAAUAGUUGUACUACUACUUGUAGGACCAUAUAUGUUUAGAUCUCUAAUGUUUUGAAUCGAAUGAAUCGUUUUAAAAUUUGCAGUUUCUUUCGGCUGUUUGAUUGCCUGAAAUCUAGCUAAUAGAGUAAGGACAAAG